UAAAAGGGGGGAGGAAAGGAAAAGCCACAGUGUUGGGCAGUCCCACUUUACUUGACUACUAUGAUGUCACAAACCACAUGAUUCUGUCUCUCCAGUAACAGUGCUUGCAAAAAAAAGGAGUUUUAAAAGCUUUUGCUUUUUUGGAUUGUGUGAAUGCUUCAUUCGCCUCACAAACAACCACAGAACCACAAGUGCGGUGCAAACUUUCUCCAGAAGGACGCAGCAAGAAGCCUUUGGUUUUUAAAUGGUUAAUCUCAACAGGUCACCAGCAGCCACCGAGACCAACAGAGUCAUAUAAGGCUUCAAGCAGUUUUUGCACCAGAAGAUAACACACGCUGUGUGAGGGGAGGGGAAAACAAUGGCAUCGAACAGUCUCUUCAGCUCAGUGACACCUUGUCAGCAAAACUUCUUCUGGGAUCCCAGCACCAGCCGGAGGUUCAGCCCGCCUUCCAGCAGCCUGCAGCCCGGCAAGAUGAGCGACGUGAGCCCCGUGGUGGUGGCGGCGGCGGCGGCGGCCGCCCAGCAGCAGCAGCAGCAGCACCCGCAGCACCCGCAGCAGCAGCAGCAGCAGCACCAGGAGGCGGCGGCGGUGCCCCGGCUGCGCCCGCACGACAACCGCACCAUGGUGGAGAUCAUCGCCGACCACCCGGCCGAGCUGGUGCGCACCGACAGCCCCAACUUCCUGUGCUCCGUGCUGCCCUCGCACUGGCGCUGCAACAAGACGCUCCCGGUGGCGUUCAAGGUGGUGGCUUUAGGAGAAGUCCCUGAUGGCACAGUGGUCACAGUCAUGGCUGGGAAUGAUGAAAAUUAUUCUGCAGAGCUGAGGAAUGCAUCUGCCGUAAUGAAGAAUCAAGUGGCACGCUUUAAUGACCUGAGAUUCGUUGGCAGAAGCGGAAGAGGGAAGAGUUUUACCUUGACAAUAACAGUUCUUACAAAUCCCCCCCAAGUGGCUACGUACCACAGAGCCAUCAAGGUGACAGUGGAUGGACCCAGAGAACCAAGGAGGCACAGACAGAAGCUUGAUGACUCUAAACCUAGUUUGUUCUCUGAGCGCCUCAGUGAUUUAGGGCGCAUUCCUCAUCCCAGUAUGAGAGUAGGGGUUCCGACCCAGAGCCCACGGCCCUCUCUGAACUCUGCACCAAGCCCUUUUAAUCCACAAGGACAGAGUCAGAUCACAGGUGCUUCCGAGCUGGGCCCAUUUUCAGAUCCCAGGCAGUUUGCCAGCCUUUCAUCCCUCACUGAGAGCCGCUUCUCCAACCCGCGAAUGCACUAUCCAGGCACCUUCACUUAUGCGCCGCCAGUCACCUCAGGCAUGUCAUUGGGUAUGUCAUCCACAACUCAUUACCACACCUACUUGCCACCACCUUACCCAGGCUCCUCCCAAAAUCAAAGUGGACCAUUCCAGACCAGCAGCACUCCCUAUCUCUACUACGGCACAUCGUCAGGAUCAUACCAGUUCCCCAUGGUGCCAGGAGGAGAUCGCUCCCCCUCCAGAAUGCUGCCUCCCUGUACCACCUCCAACGGUGGCAGCGCACUCUUAAACCCUAACUUGCCUAACCAGAAUGAGGGUGUGGAGGCUGAUGGAAGCCACAGCAGUUCCCCAACAGUCUUGAAUUCUAGUGGCAGAAUGGAUGAAUCCGUUUGGAGGCCAUACUGAAAGUUUAUUGCACGGCCUAAAGUCAGUGAGCCAAAAAGAAAGAAAGAAAGAAAGUCAGCUAAUUAUAAAGUGCCUGUUUUUUUCCUUUUCCUUUGAAUAGAUUCUCUUGAUAUGUACAACUGUGUAGCUGGGAUGUUAUAACAGCUUAGUACAUGCAUACAACGUUAGAAUGACCUUCCAGCAUCAUAGUUCCAAUCAAUGUAGAUCAAAGCACAUUUUACUGUCCUCUUGGAAACAUUUGUCUGAGUUUUAUAUAUUAAAAAAUAUUGACUCCAGUGCAGAAAGAUGCCCAUGUCUAGACUCUUGUAAAACAUUUAAAAAAAAUAAUAAUUAGUGAGUUAUUUCGCCAAGAGGGAAGAAAUGGACUCCUGCCAAUUUUCAAGACAAAGCCCGUGCUUUUUUCUUUUUUGGAACAAACAAAAACAAUUCAGGUACAGUUGCAACCAUACAAUAUGCAGGGCCCCUAUGCAUGCACAGUGCUUAUCACUACUUGUGUUUGUGCUCCUAUUUAUACCAAAAUAUCUUCUGAUUACAGUAGCUCUUCAACCAUAUUAUCAAAGCCUUGCAGCAGAUGAAAGAACUCUUAAGAUGCACGGCUUAUUUUGUACUGAAAGAACAGCCGACAAAGUACCAAGGCAGCCUUGUUUACUUUGUGCUAUUCAUUUGUGUGCUUUUUUUUUUGGCCUUAGAUCAGUUAACCAAAAUAUAUAUAUAUUGGGGGAGACCCCCUAAAAUAAAAUGAAAUCUAAUUUCUUAUGCAAGAAGCAAAAGAUAAUGGAAAUAUAUCUUACUCAAACCAAAACAGUUUAGGUAGUAUGUGUGUCUGGCUAUCUUGUUUUAUUUUAUUAAGUUAUAAAUAUGUAAAAAUUGAGGUUAUUUGCAAAAAAAUGAAUUGUCAUAUAAUUUUAAAGAAAUAUUUAUAAUUAUUUAAUGAUAUUUGAUCCCUUUAAAGUUUUCUUAAUGUAAUGAUACGAUGACUUAGGUCUCUAAAAAUGUUUGUUUUUUAAAAAAUACUGACAGACUUUUAGCGGUACAAAAUCUCAAGGCCUGAACUCUGAAAGGCAGUUCCAAUAUAAACCAGCUGCAAUGUGAUUUUUUUUAUAUAAAAAAAAAUGCUUCCAUCUCAAAGAAACUUUGAUAUAGGACAUUGUUUUAAUUUAUGAAGGAAAUACUGUUUUAAAUGUUAUUGGUUAUUUGGUUGCCUUUUGCCUUUUUAAUCUGUCAGAAAUGAACUGGAAAGAGAAGCAGAAUGAGUGAAAA